AAACACACACACGAACUCUCCCUCACAAUUUUAGAGAGAAACAGAGAAGAGAGAGAGAGAGAAAGUGUGUAUCCUCAUUCACUUUCUCACAGAGAGAGAAAGAGAUCAGGUUCAAUACAUCAAACCCUAGAAAAUCCAAGAUUCCCAAUUUCCACCAGAUCCAAUUGAAACUGGUCACAAUUUGGAGCCAUGGCGUGUAUAAAAGGCGUGAACAGAUCGGCUUCGGUGGCGGUCGCGCCGGAAGCGCCGUACAUGGCGGCCGGAACGAUGGCGGGAGCGGUGGAUCUGUCGUUCAGCUCCUCCGCGAAUAUCGAGAUCUUCAAGCUCGAUUUGCAGUCGGACGAUCGUGACCUUCCGGUAGUGGGAGAGUCGACGAGCUCCGAGAGAUUCAAUCGGUUAUCGUGGUCCAAGCCCGCCGCUGGAUCAGGUUCUCAAGACUUGAGCCUUGGCCUUAUCGCCGGUGGACUCGUCGACGGGACUAUUGAUAUCUGGAAUCCUCUCACUCUGAUCCGUUCUGAGACAGGGGAAAAUGCUUCAGUCGAGCGUCUCACAAGACAUAAGGGGCCUGUUCGUGGUCUUGAAUUCAAUGCACUUGCACCAAAUUUACUUGCAUCUGGGGCUGAUGAUGGUGAAAUUUGCAUAUGGGACUUGGCUAAUCCUACUGAGCCAACUCAUUUUCCACCUCUUCGGGGAAGUGGUUCUGCUGCCCAGGGUGAGAUUUCAUUUUUAUCAUGGAAUAGCAAGGUCCAACAUAUACUGGCAUCCUCGUCAUAUAAUGGGACAACUGUGAUUUGGGACCUAAAAAAGCAAAAGCCGGUGAUUAGUUUUGCGGAUUCAGUUAGAAGACGGUGCUCUGUUUUACAGUGGAAUCCGGAUGUUGCCACUCAACUUGUUGUUGCUUCAGAUGAAGAUGGUUCACCUUCUCUCAGGCUUUGGGAUAUGCGUAAUGUAAUUGCACCAGUUAAAGAGUUUGUGGGGCACACUAAAGGUGUGAUCGCAAUGUCAUGGUGUCCUAGUGAUAGCUCUUAUCUGCUAACCUGUGCUAAGGAUAAUCGAACUAUUUGUUGGGACACAAAUUCUGCAGAGAUUGUAUGUGAAUUGCCUGCGGGCACCAACUGGAACUUCGAUGUGCACUGGUAUCCGAAAGUACCUGGAGUGAUAUCAGCAUCUUCAUUUGAUGGAAAAAUUGGGAUUUAUAAUAUCGAGGGUUGCAGUAGAUAUGGUGUGGGGGAGAGCAACUUUGGUGCUGGGCCUCUGAGAGCUCCAAAAUGGUAUAAGCGCCCAGCUGGGGCAUCCUUUGGUUUUGGAGGCAAGAUUGUGUCGUUUCGCCCUAGUUCAUCUGGGGCAGGUUCUUCAGAGGUUUAUGUGCAUAGCUUGGUUACAGAACAAAGUUUGGUGGAUCGCUCAUCGGAGUUUGAAAGCGCAAUACAAAAUGGAGAAAGGGCUUCACUCCGGGCUAUAUGUGACAAGAAAGCACAUGAGUCCGAGUCUGCAGAUGACCGGGAAACAUGGGGCUUAUUAAGGGUUAUGUUUGAAGAUGAUGGGACUGCAAGGACAAACCUGAUCACACAUCUAGGUUUCACUGUACCCGAGGAAACAAAAGAAAUUGUUCAAGAUGAUCUAUCAGCGGAAGUCAAUGCACUUGGGAUUGAGGAUUCAACAACUGAAAAAGCUGGUUUGAGUGCUGAGAAGGAAACUACAAUUUUUCCUUCUGACAAUGGAGAAGAUUUCUUUAACAAUCUUCCCAGUCCUAAAGCCGACACUCCUCAUUCAGCCUCUGGUGAAAAGUUCGUUGUAGGUGAUACAGUUUCUAUUACAGAACAAGUUCAAGAAGAACCUGAGGGACUGGAAGAGAGUGCCGAUCCAACAUUUGAUGAAUCAGUUCAACAUGCUUUAGCUGUGGGAGAUUAUAAAGGGGCCGUUGCAAAGUGCAUUUCAGUAAAUAAAAUGGCUGAUGCGUUAGUUAUUGCUCAUGCUGGUGGUCCUACGUUGUGGGAGACCACUCGAGAUCAAUACCUUAAGUUGAGCCAUUCACCUUACCUUAAGAUUGUGUCUGCAAUGGUGAACAAUGACCUAUCGAGUCUUGUUAACACCAGACCCCUAAAAUUCUGGAAGGAAACACUUGCUGUUCUCUGUAGUUUUUCGUCAGUAGAGGCGUGGGAAGACCUGUGUAAUACGCUUGCUGCCAGACUCAUAGCUGUGGGUAAUACCCUGGCAGCAACUAUUUGUUAUAUAUGUGCGGGAAAUAUUGAUAAGACAGUAGAUAUUUGGUCGAGGAAUCUGACAACCUCUCAUGAAGGGAGGUCCUAUGUUGACCUUCUUCAGGAAUUAAUGGAAAAGACUAUAGUACUUGCCUUGGCAACUGGACAGAAGCGAUUUAGUGCAUCCUUGUGUAAACUUGUCGAGAAAUAUGCUGAAAUUUUAGCAAGUCAAGGUCUUUUAACAACAGCGAUGGAGUACCUGAAACUUCUGGGUUCUGAUGAAUUGCCACCUGAACUUGCGAUCUUACGGGAUCGUAUUGCUCUUUCCACAGAACCUGUUUUUAAGUGUGGCAACUGGCAAAGAAACUAUUAUAGGAGGAAGCCCUUGACAGAGAAAGCCUCCAAGUUCGAAAAUCCUGCACCAGCUACUAUAUAUCCUGUGCCUGGGAACUCUACAUAUCCUCAGCCACAUCUGCAACCUCAUGGUCCUGGCAUUCCGUAUGAUGGGGGCUAUCCUCAACCUUUGCCAUAUACUCCUGCCCCGUACCACCCGCUUCCAUCACAGAAUCCACCACAGCCUCCUCACAUGUUUGUUCCUGCCCAAACACCUCAAGUACCAAAGGAUAAUUUUUCUCCACCUCCUGCAUCUACUCAGCCUCCCGUGUCCUUUAUUCCUUCAACCCCUCCUGCUCUGUCGAAUGUGAACCAAUAUCAGCAGCCCACGCUGGGUGAUCAGUUGUAUCCUGGAACUUUUCAACAUGUGCAAACAGGGCCCGGUUUAGGAGCUCCACAUCAAUCACAGGUCAAUUCAGUUCCUGGAAAUAAGAUGCCACAUGCUGUGGCCCCUUCACACGGUGGAUUUAUGAACGUCACUAAUUUAGGGGUUGUUCCGGGGACUCUGCAGCCAUCUAGUCCCCCUGCUCCAUCUCGGCCAUCUGUGGCUCCACCUCCACCACCUACCAUACAGACUGUUGAUACUUCAAAAGUUCCUGGCCACCAGAAGCUCGUAAUCGCAACGUUAGGGAGACUUUUCAAUGAAACCACAGAAGCGUUGGGAGGUUCACGUGCUAACCCUGCUAAGAAGCGUGAAAUAGAAGACAAUUCAAAAAAGAUUGGCGCAUUGUUUGCCAAACUCAACAGCGGAGACAUAUCUAAAAAUGCUGGUGAUAAACUUGUGCAGCUGUGCCAGGCACUGGAUAAUGGUGAUUUCACCACUGCCUUAAAAAUUCAGGUAGAACUUACCACGAGUGAGUGGGAUGAAUGCAACUUUUGGCUUGCAACUCUCAAGCGGAUGAUCAAGACCAGGCAAGCUGUGAGAUUAAGUUGAGAAGGUUGAGAUUCUCAAAUGUCGGAUUGUUGGGUUUUUGAUAUUUUUCAUGUGGCCUAAGGCGUGGUGGUGCAGGAGUUUUCUCAUGCACACAAGAACAGCUAUAGAUUUCAGUUUCAGGAAUUUGGUCUUAAUAUUUACUAUUGUAGGCCAAUGGUUGGUUUCAAAGCAGUUAGUGAAGAUGUCCAGAUAACUAGGAAUUGACUUGCCGACCGUUUACAUUUUAUUUUUGUAGUUAUAAGAUAUAGUUAUUUUUUGUUCACAGUUGCAUAGGAUUUCUGUUCUUUCACAGUUGCAAGGAUGUUUGUGGAGCUGCUUCAAGCAUUUAUAGUGACCUGGUUUUAUUGGCCAUCAACUUGUACCACCGUUGUGCUCUCAUUACAUCGAACCCACAUAUCAAAUUGAUGACUUCAAUUUUGAUGAA